AUGUGUAUCUUCAUCAUGAUGGGAAUUUUCACCCUUUACCAAGACUUUUUGUCACUCCCAAACGGAUUUCUCCAAGUUGAUACCGAUGCCGAUGAUACCAAUCCAAUCCCAAUACCAACCCGUCCGAUAAGCAACGCAGCCAUAGGUCUCAGCCCACCAAAAUACAUGAAGGACCCAUCUUAUUUCAAACUGCCCUCUCAACUUUUCGUCAUUCUUUAA